UCCAAGCUUCUUACAAUACUGGGAGAGGUUUGUCGGUCUGGAUAUGGAAUGGUGGUUUUGGGCGAAGCUGGGCGUCUCCGUCUCCUUUUUCCCUUUGCUGGUUCUUUUCGUCCUGCGGUUUGUAAAACGACGAGUCCCCGCUCCUGAGGCUGAUGUCAAACUCCUGGUGGUUGCCGGCUCUGGAGGACAUACUACAGAAAUCUUGAGGCUGCUUAACAGCCUCUCAAAGAAAUAUCCCAGGCAUUACGUUUUGGCUGAUUCAGAUAAGAUGAGCGAAGAAAAUCCGUUUUUUGAACAAAAGAGAGCUGCAAAAUACCCCGAUUCCUCGGAAUUACAGUUUGCUCUCCAUCGCAUUCCCAGAAGUCGAGAAGUCCGUCAGUCCUGGAGCUCUUCACUGCUAACCACCAUUCAUUCUUUAUCUUAUUCUCUUCCUUUGGCCUUCAGGCUCAACCCAGAUGUGGUGCUGUGCAAUGGCCCAGGAACUUGUGUCCCCAUCUGUCUAUCUGCUUUUUUACUCAAAAUACUGGGACUAAAGAAAAUAACCAUUGUGUAUGUUGAGAGCAUCUGCCGUGUUGAAAACCUAUCUCUAUCAGGAAAAAUUCUUUACUACUUUUCAGAUUACUUCUUUGUUCAGUGGCCUGCUCUAAAAGAAAAAUACCCCAACUCUCUGUAUUUUGGGAGAAUAGUGUGACAUGUUACGGACAAAUACAACUAGUGCCAGUACGACUACUAAACAUUCUUUGGACUCUGAAUUUCUUGAAUUUAUUUCAAGCUAGACCUGAUGGUAAAUCAAGCGAUUUGAUUUGAUUUGAUUUAUUGCAUUUCUAUGCCGCCCUAUUCCCAAAGGGACUCAGGGCAGCUCACAAACCA